UUGUUUCCUUCUUCCUCACUGGUUUUGCACCGAAAAAAAAAAAAAAAGAACUUCACCAACAAACCAAGAACAUAUAUAAAAAGGCAAAAAGAUUCAUUUUUGAACCAUACCCACAUCUCAAAAAUCAGUAUUUUAUCUUUCCAAAUAUCAUUGCAAUUGGUUAAUAUUUUUUUUUUCCUUUGCAGAGUGAUAAAAAUGGUAGCUUUAAAGAUGAAGGUGUUGGGAUUUAUGCUAAUAAUGCUUUCAAUAUCUGUAUUUACAAAGGGUGAUGAAAAUGAAUCACCUAGGCCACCAACAUUGGUAAAAAUAGUUAAGGGUAAAAAAAUGUGUGCUAAAGAUUGGGAAUGUACUAAAUUGUCAAGGUUUUGUUGUAAUUUGACAAUAUCAGAUUAUUUUGAGACAUACCAAUUUGAGAAUUUGUUUUCAAAGAGGAAUUCACCAAUAGCACAUGCUGUUGGUUUUUGGGAUUAUAAAUCUUUUAUUACUGCUUCAGCUGAUUAUCAACCACUUGGUUUUGGUACUACUGGUGGUAAAAAAAUGCAGAUGAAAGAAAUUGCUGCUUUUCUUGGCCAUGUUGGAAGUAAAACUUCUUGUGGUUAUGGAGUCGCUACGGGUGGACCAUUGGCGUGGGGGCUUUGCUAUAACAAGGAAAUGAGUCCUAGCCAAGAUUACUGUGAUGACUACUUCAAGUUAACCUACCCGUGCUCUCCUGGAGUCCAAUAUUAUGGUCGUGGUGCCUUGCCUAUCUACUGGAACUACAACUAUGGAACUAUAGGCGAAGCGCUAAAGGUAGAUCUGUUGAAUCAUCCCGAAUUCAUUGAACAAAACGCGACCUUGGCAUUCCAAGCCGCAAUUUGGCAGUGGAUGAAUCCGGUUAAAAAGGGUCAGCCUUCAGCUCAUGAUGCCUUUGUUGGCAAUUGGAAGCCCACAAAGAAUGACACAUUGUCUAAACGAGUUCCCGGUUUUGGCACCACGAUGAACAUCCUCUACGGUGACAAUGUUUGUAACCAAGGUGAUGUUGACUCCAUGAACAACAUCAUUUCCCACUAUUUGUAUUAUCUCGACUUGAUGGGCGUUGGUCGGGAGGAGGCAGGGCCUAACGAAAUACUCACUUGCGCAGAACAAAAACCUUUCAAUCCAUCUUCCGCCCCCACUGCUUCUUCUUGAGACUGUUUGGAUUCUAGACAGCUUGCGCGCUUGUUGCUUUUAUCCUCGAGUGUUUUCGUGAAAAGAAGCGUCCAAUAAGUGGAGCAAUAUUGGCGUCAUUGUCCUGCUCCCGGUGUAAACUGUGUGUUUGGGAGUCGUAUAUAAGGAUUAAGGAUGUGUUGCCCCUUUCUUGUAGUGUCUUAUUGAAGUGAAUUUUGAUCAGUGUAAUAUGCGCAGUGUAUGUGAAACAUUAGUUUGAACUUUUAGAAGUUACAGACUUUGUA